CUUCCCUCUCACAGCUUCAGGAAGAUUCCGCAGAGGUUCUUGCUUCAACAGUGAUUGAACGGAACUUCUUCCUCCCUCCUGCACUAUUUAUUAUACAAGAGUUUAUUUUUCUACAGCCUUUUUGAUAAGAAAAUAAAAAAAUCAGCCGAAAUGACUUCUCAGAUCCGCCAGAACUACCACAGCGACUGCGAGGCCGCCAUCAACAGGAUGGUCAACAUGGAGUUCUACGCCUCUUACACCUACACCUCCAUGGCUUACUACUUCUCUCGGGACGAUGUAGCCCUCGAAGGGUUCGCUCAUUUCUUCAAGGAGAACAGCCAUGAGGAGCGUGAGCAUGCAGAGAAGUUUCUGGAAUUCCAGAACAAGAGAGGUGGACGUGUCUUCCUCCAGGAUAUCAAGAAACCUGAGCGUGAUGAGUGGGGAACUGGACUGGAGGCCAUGCAGUGUGCUCUGCAGCUGGAGAAGAAAGUUAACCAGGCUCUGCUGGACCUGCACAAGAUCGCCUCAGAGAAGGGUGACCCUCAUCUGUGUGACUUCCUGGAGUCCAACUACCUGAACGAGCAGGUGGAGAUGAUCAAGAAGCUGGGUGACCACAUCACCAACCUCACCAAGAUGGACGCCGGCAACAACAGGAUGGCAGAGUACCUGUUUGACAAGCACACUCUGGGCAGCAAGAGCUAAACCCAGCUCCAGACUUCAUCAGAUCCACAUACUUUGCACUUGAAAUCUGAAAUCAUCUAAGAUAAACUGCAGGAUUGAGUUGUGGAGUAUGACGAGUAGCUCCAUCUUUUAUUUUGCAUUCUCUGUUCUUUCAGCAAGGUGAUGGUGGAUGUCUAUAACACUAAAUUGUAACUGAAUCUGAUGAAUAAACAUUUUGAACUGAAA